GAAGGAGGGAGCGACGAGAAUCGGCGGCCCGGAGCCGCGGCGGCCUCGAAGGUGUGGAUUGUGAGUGGUUGCAGACCUGUUCUCAGGACCCUUUAUUUUAACAUCUGGGAGAAACACAUCCAAAAGGUGCGCAGUUGACUGAGGAGGGCGGGAGAAUCUGAAGACUCCGAUGACAUCAGAGCCACUUUUCAACAACCUUCUCAGCUUCCUUUCCCGCAUAGCAGAGGCUCAGGCCCAGGCAGACGAUACUGAUAUGUGCAUUUGGUGAACAACAAAAGAUGAAGAAAGAACAACAGCAUAUUCCCUAAGCCCUGGGUGCCACUGCUACCACUGUGUUAAGGAAGUUGCGAGGCUGGUCUUUGCCUAGCUGGUCAUUAGUGCUGUCGUCUGCACCGGAGUUUGCCAGCCUCUUGGUUGUCACUGCCAGAAGAUACCCUGGUCAGAAUGUAAGAGUGCAUCUCUGCCUGCCUGCUAUGGGAGGUGAUCAGCUGACACUCACUUCCUGACGUCGGAUCUUACAGACAGGAGAAGCAUCUUUAAAGUGAACAAAAGCCGAGCCCCUGUUAGCACUUGUAUUGAACAUGACUCAUGGAGAAGAGCUUGUCUCUGAUGUGCAUCAGGAUUCUAUUGUUUUAACUUACCUAGAAGGAUUACUAAUGCAUCAGGCAGCAGGGGGAUCAGGUACUGCCGUUGACAAAAAGUCUGCUGGCCACCACGGAGAAGACCAGAACUUUAACCUCUCUGGCAGUGCGUUUCCCACCUGUCAAAGCAAUGGCUCCACUGUCAGUACACAGACAUACCAGGGGUCUGGCAUGCUGCACCUCAAAAAAGCCAGACUGCUGCAGUCUUCCGAGGACUGGAACGCGACAAAGCGGAAGAGGCUGUCUGAUUCCAUCGUGAAUUUAAACGUAAAGAAGGAAGCUUUGCUAGCUGGCAUGGUUGACAGUGUGCCUAAAGGCAAACAGGAUAGCACAUUACUGGCCUCUUUGCUUCAGUCAUUCAGCUCUAGGCUGCAGACGGUUGCUCUGUCGCAGCAGAUUAGACAGAGCCUCAAGGAGCAGGGCUAUGCCCUCAGUCAUGAGUCUUUAAAGGUGGAGAAGGAUUUAAGGUGCUAUGGCGUGGCCUCUAGUCACUUAAAAACUCUGUUGAAGAAAAGUAAAACUAAGGAUCAAAAGUCAGGUACCACCCUCCCUGAUGUGACUCCAAACCUUAUCAGAGAUAGCUUUGUUGAGUCACCUCAUCAUGUUGGACAAAGUGGAACAAAGGUCAUAAGUGAGCCCUUGUCAUGUGCGGCAAGAUUACAGGCUGUUGCCAGCAUGGUGGAAAAAAGGGCUAGUCCCGCCGCCUCCCCCAAGCCUAGUGUUGCCUGCAGCCAGUUAGCGCUGCUCCUGUCAAGUGAAGCCCACCUGCAGCAGUACUCUCGGGAACAUGCUCUAAAAACGCAGAAUGCACAUCAGGCAGCCAGUGAAAGACUUGCAGCCAUGGCCAGAUUGCAAGAGAAUGGUCCGAAGGACAUGGGCAGUUUCCAGCUCUCCAAAGGGGUGUCUGGCCAUCUCAAUGGGCAGGCCAGAACACUGCCGUCGAGCAAACUGGUGGCCAGCAAGAGUAACGCUGCCACCUUUCAUAAUCCAAUGGGUGUUGUUCCUUCCUCCCCCAAAAACACGAGCUAUAAGAACUCACUGGAAAGAAACAACCUAAAGCAAGCUGCUAAUAACAGUUUGCUUUUACAUCUUCUCAAAAGCCAGACCAUACCCGCGCCAAUGAACGGGCACAGCCAGAAUGAGAGAGGAAGUAGUUUUGAGAGUAGCACGCCCACCACGAUUGAUGAGUACUCUGAUAACAAUCCUAGCUUCACAGAUGACAGUAGUGGAGACGAAAGCACAUACUCCAAUUGCGUUCCCAUAGACCUGUCUUGCAAACACCGGAUUGAAAAACCGGAAGCUGAGCAGCCUGUUUCUCUUGAGAACCUAACCCAGUCCUUGUUAAACACGUGGGAUCCCAAAGGCCCUGGAGUUGACAUCAAAGAAGAUCAAGAUACCUCAACAAACUCCAAGCUGAACUCACACCAGAAAGUCACUCUUCUUCAAUUGCUGCUUGGCCAUAAAAGUGAAGAAACUGUUGAAAGGAAUGCCAGCCCUCAAGAAGUCCAUAGCGAUGUGACUAAGUUCAGUCCUCAGAAUUACACUAGGACUUCUGUCAUUGAAAGCCCCAGUACCAACAGGACUACCCCAGUGAGCACUCCACCACUUCAUACAGCCGGCCAAGCAGAGUCUCCCAUCAAUCUUUCUCAGCACUCUCUGGUCAUCAAGUGGAAUUCCCCGCCAUAUGCCUGCAGUACUCCGACUUCAAAACUAUCAACUACUGCGGCUAGCCACCUGAUGGACCUCACAAAAGGCAAAGAAUCACAAGCAGAGAAACCAGCCCCGAGCGAAGGUGCACAAAAUUCGGCAACAUUCAGUGCCAGUAAACUGUUACAAAAUUUGGCUCAGUGCGGCAUGCAGUCUUCCGGGCCAGUGGAGGAGCCGAGACCCAGCAAACAGCUGUUAAGUGGAAACACAGACAAACCUCUCGGUCUGAUUGAUAGAUUAAAUAGCCCUCUGCUCUCAAAUAAAACAAAUGCAGCUGAAGAGAACAAAGCCUUCAGCAGUCAGCCUGCAGGGCCUGAACCAGGACUUCCUGGUUGUGAGAUAGAAAAUCUACUGGAAAGACGUACAGUCCUUCAGUUGCUCCUGGGAAAUUCCAACAAAGGGAAGAAUGAGAAGAAAGAGAAAACUCCUGCACGAGAAGAAGCUCCUCAGGAGCAUUCGGAGAGAGCCGGCAAUGAACAGAUACUCAUGGUGAAAAUUAAGUCCGAGCCUUGUGAUGAGUUCCAGACCCACAACACAAACGUGCAUUUAAACCACGAUGUGAAAAGCACCCCGUUCUUAGGCGUGACUCCCACCAUCCAGAGGAGCACAGUGGCCUUACCAGUGUCGGAGGACUUUAAAUCAGAACCUGCUUCACCUCAGGAUUUUUCAUUCUCAAAGAACGGUCUGCUAAGUCGAUUGCUGAGACAGAAUCAAGAGAGUUACCCAUCGGAUGAUCAGGACAAGAGUCACAGAAACAGUGAGCUGACACCCCUGGAAUCAAAGAACUUUUGCAUGGUCCCUAAGAAAAGGAAGCUGUAUUCGGAACCAGUAGAAAAUCCAUUUAAAAAGAUGAAAAACAGUGCUGUAGACCCUGCCAAUAAUCAUGGUGGCCCAGAAGUACUCUAUGGGUCGUUGCUUAAUCAGGAAGAACUGAAAUUUAGCAGAAAUGAUCUGGAAUAUAAAUAUCCUGCUGGCCACAGUUCAGCCAGCGAUGGUGAACAUAGGAGUUGGGCCAGAGAGAGCAAAAGCUUCAAUGUUCUCAAACAACUGCUUCUCUCAGAGAACUGUGUGCGAGAUCUGUCUCCACACAGGAGUAACUCUGUCACCGACAAUAAAAAGAAAGGACACAAAAACAAUGUGCCCACUAGCAAACCUGAAUUCAGCAUUUCUGCUUUAAAUGGACUGAUGUAUAGCUCUCCUCAGCCUGGCAGUUGUGUGGAUCAUAGGACAUUUUCAUACCCAGGAAUGGUAAAAACCCCUCUGAGCCCUCCUUUCCCAGAGCACUUGGGCUGUGUGGGGUCCAGACCAGAGCCUGGGCUUUUGAAUGGAUGUUCUGUGCCCAUGUCCAGUGAGAAGGGACCCAUUAAGUGGGUCAUCACAGAUAUGGAUAAGAAUGAAUAUGAAAAAGACUCUCCAAGACUGACUAAAACUAAUCCAAUCCUGUAUUAUAUGCUCCAGAAAGGAGGCAAUUCUGUUACCACGCAAGAAACACAGGACAAAGACAUCUGGAGGGAGCCUUCAUCUGCCGAGAGUCUCUCCCAGGUUACAGUCAAAGAAGAGUUACUUCCUGCUGCAGAAACUAAAGCUUCUUUCUUUAAUCUAAGAAGCCCUUACAAUAGCCAUAUGGGAAAUAAUGCUUCUCGCCCACACAGUACAAAUGGAGAAGUUUAUGGACUUCUGGGAAGCGUGCUCACAAUAAAAAAAGAGUCAGAAUAAACGUGUACCUGCUGUACCAUUUUGGAUCUUUUAAAAAUUAGUCAGUAUGAACUUGAGAUCUGUAUAAAUAAGAGCAUGAUUUGAGAAAAGCAUGGUAUAAUUGAAACUCCUUCCUUUUGAAAGUAUUGGUCACUGGUGAUGUUUUAAAUAUGCAUACUAAUUUUUGCUUAAUAUUAGAUGUCAUGAGGAAACUAUUGAACUAGAGGUUGGUUGUUUAAUAUUUCUGUAUGCAUCAGAUAACAACUGUGACUAGCCUACGAAUGAACCUGUUUUUAUAAUCGUAAAUAAAAGGCAUACAUUAAAAUGCACAACUUCACCAGUAGUGGAUUGUUGCAACUUGCUGUCUUUAUUAGGGUUGUUUAUUUCCCAUCUCAGAAGCCAGCCUACAUAACAUGUUUGUAACGUCCAAAUUGUUAGCUAUUUGGAAGAUAACCAAAUUAGGAAAAACCCAGAAGCCUUGUGCUGAUUCACACCUCAUCAGUCUAAAAGUAAGAAAAAGCAAUGCUUACAUUUUUCACUUUUGCUAAACAAAAUUCUUUUUAACUCUUGGAAGGGGUUUUGCGGUUCCCAAUGUGUCUGCCCCACCACAGACCUUUUCAAUAUAUAUAUAUAUAUAUUUCUUUAAACCUUGUACGAUUUAGUAACAAUUGAUUACAACAGAGGGGAGUUUAAUAGAUCCUUGAAAAUAAAAGUCAGAUUUCCAUUUUUUAUAUUUUGACUACUUUACUAAAUUAAUACUCCUCCUUUUUCAAAAUUAGAGAAGGUAAUGUUCACCUUCAGGCUGUUUCCUGAAUAAUUGACUACUUAGAAAUAGUUUUUAACAAAAGCAGAAAUGGAUUUUCUUUGGAUGGUUUUCACCGUCUCUUUUGAAAAUUAAUCUUCACCACUCCUGUGGGACCUGUAACCCUUACAACCAGGAUUUCUUAAUUCUGAACACAGACACUGCAUUCAUACUAUCUGACUAUCUGGAGCAAUUUUAAAAUGCAGAUUCAUAGGCAGCAUCUCAGGUCUACAGAACAGGGUCUCUGAGUGGACCCAGGAGUCUUCCUUCCGCCUGUACCCUGAUGUGUUCUGUGUUUCUUCUGCACACUGAUGUUGAAAACCGUGGCUUAUGACUUUUCCAGAACAUGGGACUCUAAAUAAACUAUUUGAUGCCUAUAUUUUUCCCCAAUACUGUCACAUAUCCACUCAAAAUUUGCAAUAUCAUAGUUCCUAUAUUGCUGUUAUAUCUUUGGAAAUCGGGUUCAGAAUACUUUUUAUGACAAAAAAAAAUUGGGUAGAGGGGACAACUUUCCUAUUAUCUGGGUCAACAUCUCAGGAAAAUCUGUGAUUAUUUAUUUGCUCUAAUUAGUAAGAUUAACUUAAUUAGCCUUAGGGGUGGAAUAACAGGGCCACUUAGCAAACUCAGGUGAUCCCAGGAUGGAUGGGAAACUUCUCAUGAAUACAUCCUUACCUGCUAUUCAAACUGUCCUCUGCACAGGAGUGCUUAUGGAGUUAACAUAUUCAACCCGAGAGAGACAUCAAAAUCAGAUUACCUGAAACCAAAUCAAAGGGCACUUAUCUAUCCAAGACAGGACCUACACAGUCACUUUACAGGUUGAUUCAUUUUAAACAGGUAUUAAAAAUAAAUAUUGAUACUGUCUUGAAAGAACUUAAUAUAUAAUUGAGCCACGUGGAAUUUCAAUCUUGAAACAAGUUGGUUUUUCAGUUCAGUUUUUUAUAGCCCACAGUUCAUCCACCAGACAAUAUUUUGUUUUUCAAUUUUGAGCCAGGUUAACAACUGACUUAUCAAAAACUUACUGUGUACUCAGCAGUUAAGUAGGAAGAAGAUUAUUUGAAAGUUGUUGUACGUACUUGAAGUUGUUUCUAAGAUUUUUUUAUAUUACAAAUGGACAUUAAUUCUUAAUUAUCUAAAAUUCUAAAUGGUUAUUUUUUCCUCAAGAUGAUUUGUAAAUAGUUAAUGGAUAUGUUAUAUGGUAAUCAGAGUGUAUAUUAUGCUACUUCAGAGGAAGGAGAAGGCGUAUGCUUAUUCUGCUAUGAGAAAUUCCACUGGCCAGUGAAGAUACUUUACUCCGUGUCUAUACUGUGACAAUCUCAUUGUCUACACUAUAUAAAUAAGCUUUACACUAAGUCAUUUUUCUUGGUCAUGGUGAAAGGGCUGGAGCCUUAGAAAUAUAUUGUAGGAUGCUGGAGUGCGUUUUUAGUUGAAGGCAGUAGUCUUCUUACAAUGGGACAGCACUUAGGUCAGGGAAAUGUCCAGAGCCAGCAUCGCUUAACUUUGUUGUGUUUUUGUUGGAAUGAGACUAUGUAAUUCAAAAAUAAAUAUGACUAUAAAGGAUGCUGUUCUUACUAGAGAAUAUCCCCCUCCCCAUGUUUCAUUUAAAGAAGUCUUAAAGAAGAGAAAGGGCAUUCAAAUUCCACAAAUUCACUUUGUUUGCAUAUGUAGUUUCAAAUAUGCACAUACACAUUUUCAAGGACUAUUUUCAAUAUCUGGGCUGUUUCUUGUCAUUUGUGAAUGGGUACUGCAGCUUUCAUUGACAUCAGUAAGGUAGCAUUACCUGUUUAUUCUCUGCUACAUCUUACAGAAGAAUAAACUGGUGAGAGUAUAUAUUUUCUAUAUAUAUAUAUAUAAAUGUAUAUAUAUAUAUAUUGACUUGUUACAUGAAGAUGUUAAAAUUGGUUUUUAAAGGUGAUGUAAAUAAUGAUUUCCUUAAUGAAAAAAAUACAUAUUUUGUACUGUUCUAAUGCAACAGAAAAACCUUUUAAUUUCUUUGGUUCCUGUAUAUUCCAUGUAUUAAGUGUAAAUAUAAUCAGACAGGUUUAAAAAAAUGUGCAUGUAUGUAUACAGUUGCAAGUCUGGACAAAUGUAUAAAAUAAACCUUUUAUUUAAGUUUGA